AUGGAGGUCACAGCUCUCUGCGUCAGGCUGUGGAUGGACGUGUUGGUGCUGCUGCUUGCACAAGCUAACCACAGUUACUUUGCUCAGAGAGCUGGUGCAGCGUUUCCUCGUGUUCGUCCAGACAGACUGCAGUUCUUUGAGUAUGAGACACUCAGUGUAAACUGUGAGGAGUUCAGAGGGUUGACUGAAUGGAGAGUGAUGAGGAGGCUCAACAGAAGAAGUCCAACAGAUUCUUACAACUGGAGCUCAUCGGCACCAUCCAGCACCAUUUAUCCUGCCUUUGAAAUGUACAGUGGCAAAUACUGGUGUGAAGAUGGGGACGGGAACUCAAGCAGUGCUGUCAACAUCACCAUCACUGAUGGUUCUGUGAUCCUGGAAGUUCCUGCCCGUCCUGUGGUGGAGGGAGACAAUGUCAUUCUUCACUGUAGGAAUAGAGAAUCUCAAUCAAAACCCAUUGCUGAUUUCUACAAAGAUGGCUCCCAACUGGGGACCUGGUUUGAAAAGGACAUGAUCAUCCAAAAUGUUUCCAAAUCUGAUGAAGGACUCUACAAGUGCAGCAUCGCUGGAGCUGGGGAGUCACCAGAGAGCUGGCUGACUGUUUUAAAUCGAACUAAAGCUCCGUACAAAGAGCCUCAUCCCUCCUAUAAUCGCUCCCCUGAUCUGCCCUCCGUGCUGUGGUUUGUUGCCAGUGGUUUCCUUGUGGCUCUGCUGUGGUGGGUGAUGACACUGCUCCUUGGUAGGAAACUCGAAGACUGCAUGACUCUCAGUUAG